GCGAGCACCUGAAGAAGAAGUCCGACGAAGCGCUACAGCUCUUCGAAGAGCGCAUUGCUCAGUCCAAGGCUGCGAACUGGCUCGUGUUCUCGCAUUAUCCCACUGACUACUUCCCGUCAGCAUGGAAUGAGUCCGCCCCCUUGCAGUGGUGGUCUCCCCCGUGGCUGUGGCACCACGAGGAUCGGCCGGCGAUGUUGACGAACUUCCUGUCGGAGCUCUCCAACGCCUCCCGUCCUUCCAUUGUCUACUUCGGAGGUCAUCGUCACAAUGUGGAUCAAUCUUCCACCUACAGCAUCAGCCCUCAUACCAGCUGGCUCUCCGGUGGUGGUGCAGGUUGGGGUGUCGAUGGCCAAGAGCAAGGCUUUGUGGUUGGCGAAGUCAUGGAAGAUGGUCAGGUGAACACCCGUGCUGUUCUGGUGGAUUAUGCAGAUUGUAUGUCUGACUCAUGAGAGGAAAUUUGACAUGGAACUCUUCCCGGUGCAAAGUGGUCACCAGAGCCACUACCUCUCCACAAGUUGAGAUUCCUUCAAGCCCUCAAAGUCAAUGUUGUG